CGAGCGCAGCAUCCGGCACCAGUUUCGGCUUGGUUGGCUCCGCUGCUGCUUUCAUCUCGCAAGGACACACGGGUGUCACGUCGUCCUCGCCAUCGUCGUCGUCGUCGUUGUCGUUGCCUGCCCGCUAGCUGGCUGGCGUAAGCGGUGCUCGCCCGUGCGAAGUGAGCCGUGCUGGUGGUCCGUGCCUGUCGUCGCCCGUCGUCGUCAUUUUGUUGACAGCUUUCCAAUUUCCACAGCCUCUGCCUGUGCUCACUCUCUCUCUCUCACUCUGUGCGCACUAGCUCGCACAUCGUUUCCCUGGGCUUUUGUAUCCGUAUUGUCUGCCCUGCCGUGCGUGGUUCCCGUGCGUGACUGGUGACGACUGGCCCCGAGCGUGUGAGCGCGUGUGUAAGGUGCACGAGAUUGCACGAGCGGUGGUUGCAGAUUCUUCCAAAACUUGCUGGAAGCGCGUAGCAGGCCGUGCCAACGCAGAAAACCAUCCACCGUUCGUGCGCCCAGUGCCCGUAUCGUGCGCCGUAGUGGAAGUGGGAAGAUUUAUCCGCGUGACGUGUUUGCAAAGCAAAAGGCGAAAAGUGGUGCUGUGUUUGUGUGGUUCGCUAAGUGUCUGUGUGUGUGCGAGUGUUUGUGAAAAAAAAAAGAAAAAAAAGCGUGCUUCAAGUGCACACGGCGGCAGUAGACAACGGGCGCGUGGAAUAGCCAAAAGGAUACCCUUAAACCACACCGAAAGAGGAGACCCGCGAGCUUCGCCCAGCAAGCAAGCAGGAGGAGCAAGGAGCAGCAAGGCUCAUUUCCGGGUGCCGAUCGAUCCGUCCUGGUAUGGCUGAAUGGUGGUGAGCGGGACAGCAGCAAGCCGAACCCGGCCAUCGCCCAGCCCGCGGACCACGGCAAUGGUCGUCGGCGCCAUCGCCCGCGUCGCCGGUUGGGAUAGUGCGGGGAGCAACGGGCCCGCCACCGAAGCAUGCUAGUGCCGCAUCCGCUUCCGACUACGGUCCAACAACGAUCGCGCCGCCAAUGAAGGCACUCGGGAGACGCGCGGACGGACGGCAACACUAUCGGCAACUGGCUGUAGUCUUCCUGCUACUCACGCUAUGGCUUACCGGGUCGGGCAGAAUGGUGCCGACGGGCGUGGCCGGCACUGGCCCCGGGCCUGCCACCUCGCUCAACAACAUCACCUAUAGCAACAGCUUGGUCAAGACGAAGUAUGGACCACUGCGCGGCAUCGUCUUCCGGACGGUGCCGGUGGUCGUCGAGGGCUUCCUGGGUGUACCGUACGCGUCACCUCCAAUCGGCAGUCUUAGGUACAUGCCACCAGUAACGCCGUCUACGUGGAAGGCGCCACGGUUGGUCGAUCGGUUUGCGCCCGUCUGCCCGCAGAAGCUGCCCAAGCUGGAUGGCACCGAUGCGGGCGUGCUGGGCGAUCUGCCGAUCGAUCGACUGAAGCAGCUCCGGCGGCUGGUACCGACGCUGGUCAACCAGUCGGAGGACUGUCUGUAUCUUAAUCUGUACGUGCCACACGCAGAAGAUACAGCACAUCGGCCAGAUCACCUCAAACCAUCAAUUGUAUAUAUCCAUGGCGAGUCCUACGAGUGGAACUCUGGCAACCAUUACGAUGGUUCAACGCUUGCAAUGAACGGGAAUGUUAUCGUAGUUACAAUAAAUUUUAGGCUAGGAGUUUUAGGUUUUUUGAAAACUGGUGCUAAGGGAAGUGCUCAGGGCAACUUCGGACUGAUGGAUCUCGUGGCCGGGCUGCACUGGUUGCGCGAAAAUCUGGUCGCCUUCGGGGGCGACCCGGCAAAGAUUACGCUGAUGGGGCACGGGACCGGUGCGGCUCUCGCCAACAUCCUCGCCGUCUCGCCGGUGGCAGGAGAUCUGAUUCACCGCGUGGUGCUGCUGAGCGGGUCCGCCCUUUCACCGUGGGCCAUCCAGCGGGAUCCGCUGUCCGUGAAGCGCAAAGUUGCCCAACAGACCUCAUGCACGGGCGACGUAGUGAACGAAGAUUUGGCCCCCUGUUUGCGGACCAAAUCACUUGCGGAGCUUAUGAAUAUAUCGUUGAGUAGUCCUAGAUUUUUGCCAGGAUUUGCACCGUUUGUCGACGGAACCGUCAUAACACCGGCCAAAGCGGCCGUUAUUAAUAAUCUUAAAAUACCGACCGACUCCGCCAUCGCCAGUACCAGCGGCAUCGAGUUCAGCAACUUCCACAAGCAGGACGUCCUGUUCGGGCUGACGACGUACGAGUCCUACCUCGAGCUGACGGCGGCAGAUCUCGAGUUCGGUUUCAACGAAACCAAGCGCGACCGCAUCCUGCGCACCUUCGUACGCAACACCUACCGGUAUCAUCUGAACGAGAUCUACUCGGCACUGAAGAACGAAUACACCAACUGGGAACGGUCGCCGAGAAGCGCCUACGGAUACCGGGACGCAGUGUUGGAGCUGCUGAGCGACGGGCUGACGGCGGCACCGCUCGUGCAGCUAAGCCACCUGCACAGUCUCCAGGGUGGACGGUCGUACUUUCUCCACUUUAAGCACCAGUCGCACGAGUGGAAGUUUCCCCAGCGAACUGGGUCCGUUCGAGGCGAGGAUGUGCCUUUUGCAUUAGGAUUCUCACCAUCACCGAUGUUUCCACUCACCCUCACCCGGCUGGACAUGCAGGUCAGCAGUACCGUGAUGCGCUAUUUGUGUAAUUUUGUAAAAACAGGAAACCCGAACGGGCUUCGCACACCACGGAUGGAUGUGUUCGUGAACAGUAACAAUAAGCGUAGCUGGAAUCCGGCAAAGAAACCACACAACGAGACGCUCAUGCGCCAGCUGGUGUCAUCCUUUCGCCAGCAGGAUCCACCGCCCCAACCGCGAAACCCACUUCCGGGCAUGCCGGCCCAACCGUUGCUAACGCCCGAGCAGGCGUUGAUGCAGCAGCAGCUCCAGCAGUACUACCGCAAGGAGCAACAGAGCGCCCGCCAGCCGAAGCAUUCGCGCCGGAAGCGAACGAGAUUUUCGAACGAUCUGCAGCGGUACGGCUCGAGCGAAGGGGCCGCGUACGGUUCGAGCGAGGAGGCUGGGACGCUGGGCGGCUCGAACGGCAACGGUGGUCGGGGCGGCGAUGAUGAGGACGACGAGGAGGAGGAGGAGGAGGAGAACGGUGAUAGACGGGACGGGGGCGAGUCGGGUGGUCGUAGUGAGACGGAGCCGAGCUACUACAGCGUGGACAGCGACUACGUGUACAGCGGGUUUACGACUAUCAAGUACAACCUACCGUUCUGGGGACACUAUGACACCACCAAUCAGGUUUUCAUGGAAAUAGGGAGCCAGGUUGUACCGAAGAGUCACUACCGAGGGCACAAACUUUCCCUCUGGCUAAGCUUGAUUCCACAGCUGCACUCUUCCUUCAACAUACCCGAACUGUCGAUGCGACAUCAUCACUUUAGCGAGGAAAAUCCCAUGUUCUACGACGGUCUUGUGCGGGAGCAAAUCAUAGAGCCGCCGCUGAUGCACAUUGGCUUUGUAACAUCGACCACCUCCAAAAUGCACAAAACGGAAACGAUCGCCUCCACCAUACUGCAAUCCAUUUCAACGGAGUGUCCCCCCAACAUCACCUUCAUCCAGACGGCUUCCGCUUCCUGGCCGCUGCACAACUCAGCGCUUCCCACCCAGCACGGUGACUCCAACCGCAGCCUGAUCAACCGGCUGACGAACAGCUACCAUCGCAGCUACUCGACCGCGCUGGCCAUCACGAUCGGCGUUGGGUGCUUUCUGCUCUUCCUCAACGUGCUGAUCUUUGUCGCGAUCUACUAUCAGCGGGAAAAGCGCGAAAGCAACUCCCGCAUGAAGAUCAACCUGCUCGAGCUGGAAUCGCGCCUGAACGUGGUCGAGUCGUCGUCGGGCGCGGUCGCGGCAGCAGCGGCCGCUGCCGCCGCCGCUUCCGGCGAGGUGAAGGAGGAAACGUCCUUCAGUGUUGCACCGCCACCUCACCAGGAGGACGAUGGACCGGCGUCCCACACGAAGGGUGCCCCGUUACGGGUGGCUUCGAGCGCUUCCAGCACCACUGCCACUAGCGCGAAGGCAGCACCCGGCGGUGGCAGUGGCCCGAACAGCAUACAGACAAUCGAACUAUCGCUGACACCGCACUAUCACGGGCACGGUCACGCUACUUCCAUGCGGCGCAGCAGCACCUCCGCCAUUAAGCACUCGCACAAGUGCGAACUUCAGCAGCAGCAGCAGCAGCAGCAACAUCUCUACCAUCACCAUCAAUCGUCCUGCAGCAGCAAUCGUACGGUUUCGCCGAAGAAAGUGUCCAUCGUGUCGCCGAACCCAUCGGACGACCAAUCCUCCUCCGGAUCGGCCUCCUCGCUCGGCACGGAUCAGGCACCGCCACCGGUCCAUACGCGCGACACCCGCAGCUACUCCGUCGUCAGCCUGCCCAAGGAGCUGUGCAAUCAGUCUACCCAGUACGAUCUGGCCGAAGUGUCGCAUCUGCUCGUUGGCACGGGCCAGCACCCGGCACCCCGACCAACGAUGGCCAGCACGGCGACCAUGACACGGAGGCGCGAUCUACGCGAAGACUUUCGCUCCACCCCAGCCAUCGGUGGCAGCACGCGAUCGUUGGCGACGGCCAAGGAGUACACACAUCGCGAUGGGUCCGAGCUGCACGUACCGGGUGGCAGUGGCAGUGCUGCGACAGGGAUAUUACGGCCUCCCUCACUGCACCAGCUGCACCAUCAGCAUCAGCAUCUGCAUCAUCUGCAUCAAUCGCAGCAACCAACCGAUGGGCCCGCCAGCUCCAGCAGCAAAAAGCGAGUGCAGAUACAGGAAAUUUCUGUGUAGAAAUGUUCCUGCCAACAUGUGAUGGGAGAAAACCUCCCAUUUUAGUUGUUUUUUGUUAUUGUUUUUUUGUACACACGAAAGUACUGAUGCGAUAGGGUUCGUUCGAUCGGUGGCCGAACGGGCGAACGGUUGGUGUAGGUCGAAGCUUGUACAUAGAAGAAAUAACUUACAAACAAUGUUGUGCUGUAUGAGAGCCAUAAUAAUUGGCAUCUUCCCAGAAACAGAAACAGAAUUCAUACUCACACACAAACAGACAGACACAGCAGCACAUUGGGACAAUGUGGAACGCGUGGCCGGUGCCACCAAUGCGUACACCAUGUGACGUUGUAACAAAACAGUGAUGGAAUAAAGUGGACAUGGUUGAUAUCUGAAAAAAAGUC